AUGGAGAGGAAGAACAAGCUUCAUUUGAUGAAGGAAAGUUUCACUGCUGUUCCACAAGAGGAGUCGGGGGGGAUUCCUGUGGCCAGGAAGGUGUGUUAUGCUGUGGGUGACGUCCCAUAUCAGAUUACAACAGCAGCUAUAACUGUUUCCCUGCAGAUCUUUCUUCUGGAUGUUGUGCAGGUAUACGAGAUCUGUAUUUCUUCCCGCACCAUCCUAUGUGCUUAUCUUAAUUUCAAAAUAAAGUAUGUCAGUGUUUCACAGAUGGAGGCCUCUUAUGUCUCAAUGAUCCUCUUUGUGAGCCGGGCCUGGGAUGCUGUGACCGACCCUCUGAUUGGAUAUCUGGUGAGCUGCAGUAACUGGACGCCCAUCGGCAAACUCACUCCAUGGCUGAUUCUCUCCACUCCAUUCGCCAUCCUGUUCUAUCUGCUGCUGUGGUUUGUGCCACAAGGUUGGAUGUCUCAGGGCCUCAGCGUGCUGUGGUUCCUCACAGCGGCCUGCCUGUUCGAGACCCUCAUGAGUUGCUACAACGUGCCCUACCUCUCACUCAACAUGUUCCUGGGGGGAGAUCACAGAGACAGAGACUCUGCCACGGCCUACAGAAUGAGUGUGAAGAUGGUGGCCAUGCUGUUGGCUUCUGUAAUUCAGGGUCAAGUUGUAUCUGUGUACAACACAGAAAAGCAAGAGGCCUGUCUACAUCAGGACCAGGCUCAUGAAACAACACCUCAAAGCACAUCAUCUUCAUCACAAACUGAUGCACCACUUCAAGAAACGGUAGAUAAAAAUGUGAAGAUACAAGCGGUCACGCUGGCUGAGAUAACACUCAUAUUUCUGUAUGUGUAUUUUGCCUCCCAGCGAAAGGCCUUCCUGACCUCAGCUCUGAUCAUGGGUGCCAUAUUUUUCCUCUGCAGCCUGGUUCUCUUCCUGGGGGUGAAGGAGCAGCGGGCUCCACUCUGCUCGGAUGAGAAAGUACGACCGCCCUAUUUGACCUCGCUGAAGAUGCUGAUAUGUCACAUUCCUUACCAACGACUGGUGCUUGGCUUUGUUUUUAGUGCACUUGCAUUUCAGAUGUCUUUGGGUAAUUUUGCACUAUUCUGCAGCCAUGCAGCUGGGCAGGGAGCCCAGUUCCAGCACCUCCUAUUGGUUCUACUGGUUUCUGCCUCAGUAGCAGUUCCUCUGUGGCAAACAGUUCUUCUGAGAAUAGGAAAAAAGCCCACCGUUUUCAUUGGACUAUCACUCUUCAUCCCAGCAGUGAUUAUAGUUGCCUGUGUUCCCAGUAACCUGCCAGUCUUCAUGGUUAUGUGCGUUCUGAUGGGAUUCAGCGUGGCGACCAUAUUCUUGCUACCCUGGUCUAUGCUCCCAGAUGUGAUCGACGACUUUGCCGUGAGACACCCCUUCUGCAAAGACCUGGAGCCCCUGUUUUUCUCUUGUUAUGCCUUCUGCAGUAAGCUGGCAGGAGGCUUGUCUGUUGGCAUCUCAACCAUGACAUUACAGUUUGUGGGCUACAGAGCGGGUGCGUGUAACCAUGGCGACGGAGUGGUGACGGCUCUGAUAGUGCUGUUCACACCUGUUCCCAUCGCACUUCUGCUGAUAGGGAUGAUCUUUUUUCGCUCCUACCCGAUCAAUGAGAGGCAAUGUUUGCAGCUCCAGGAACAACUGACCACAAUUCACCCAGAAGCUACAUCAUCAUCACCAUCAGACCCAAGAGAAAACGCAGAGCAGCCAACAGAUGUGAGGCCGCAUGAUGGUGCGACAUCAACUUCACAUUAUCAUAUAAAGACCAACACAUUGUACAAGUCAAAUUCCUCACCAGGUUGUUACAGUCAUGAUAAAAAAUGCUCAGUCAAGUCACCUGUCCGUUCAGAUGUAUCAAAGAGCCCCUCUGGAGGAGGAUGUCAUAAGCAGAGACUCAGCGCACUCCAGCACUCAGGAGAAGAUAAAUUGGGCAGAAAUGUUCUUGAGAAUGAUCCCAGGUCUUCCUCUAGCAGGUCAAAUGUGAGAUCCAAAAUGUCAUGGGUAUAGUCCGCUUCAUAGUCAGCGUACAGACAUGACAGUGGUAUCGAUCUUCUUGUCUAAUGCUCGCCAAGAAGGAAAAUCUUUCCCAAAAAGGUAACUUAUUCCUUUAAUUAGUCACAUUCACUCACAAAAUGAAACCUGCAACACAAUCCAAUACACCAAUCCUGUAAUACUACCUAUUUAUUUAUAGCUUUGUAUUGUUUUUGUGGCACCAUGUCAGAGAGGUGCUGAAUCAAUGCAACGGUUUCAUAAAAGUGGUAUUUAUGGCAGGACAACUCUUCUUUAUUCACACAUUUUUUAGUGAAAUCUGCUGGACAAAUCAGAAUGUGCUUUCCCAAUCCAUAAUCCCAAAUGCAUAGUGUGAGGUUCAUAUUAACUUACUUCAUCUGAAUGGACAUUUGCUGCUCCUGGAUCACGCCACCUUUCAGCGCGUCCUGAAAAUGAACAGCUGUGCAAUAGUACUUAUCGUAACUACUUAUCCAGGAUUGUGUGGAGGAUUAUAUUUGUUAAUACUGAUUGGUUGAGGAACACUCAAGUGAAUAUGGUGAAAAAAUGACCGAUUGGGCCUUUAAAUUUAAAUUUUGACUGUAUUCUUACUGUCAUGAAAAGUCCAAUAAAUAAUUUCCAUGAAUAUUCCCUCCAGUAUUUUGAGGCUGCUUUUGUAAAUUGCAUCACACAUGUCCUGACAGCGUUCCUCUUUUAAUUGUUCUGCUUGAUUUCCUUUUAGUGCUUAUUUCUACAAUGUUGCCUAAAAAGAUGUUUAAUAUUUCAGAGGAGGCUUUUGCUGUCCUUGUGAUUUAUGUUGACUAUUUGGAAGCUAUAGCAGCUUCUAAAUUGUAAGUAGACUACUCCAGUUGUCAAUGUUUGCAACACAUGCUUGAAGAGCUUUAUUUUUAACUCUACACUUGGAAAUUUUCUAUUUUUCAAUUCACACUCCUCUGCAACAUUUCUGCACCUGUUCUUGCUCAAAUAAAUGACUUUUGUCAGUAGUUAUUCAUCAGUACAUUUUCAUCAGUUGUCAUCAAACAUGAAACAACAUAGUUCAAAAAUGCUUGUGUCCCAAAACAAUACAGUAA